CGUGUGCUUUUAUGGGUACUUUUGAGUACUUCAGUGGGCAGACAAAACAUAACGUAAAUAUUAAUAAUAAAUUUUCUUUAACCAGUGUAGAACAGUAAAAGGGUAUUACAUGAACACUUGGCCGGCGCCAUUUUUAAUGCUUCAGAGAUCCAAUAAGCGAACUAGAAAUAGGCGUUAAAGUCAGCCAAUCAUAAUUCGUGAUAGGGCUCCUCAGUAACCAAUCAUUGCACAGGAGGCGGGUUUUACGCAGUGGGUUUGUGUGUGUGUGUGUGUGUGUGAGAGAGAUUGGGGUGGUGGUAAAAGCUCAGGUGUCAGUGGGCGGAGUCAGUGACGUGCCUUAACCCCUGGCAUGUCAGUGUUUUUUUUAAGGAGCUGUCGCUCAGCUGAUGGUGACGCAGCGCGGCUGUAGAAGUAGGAGGGGAGGCACGAUCGAGAGACAGAUAUAGAAGCGGGAAUAAUAAGCCGCACGCUGCGUGGAGUUGACACACAAAGAGCUGAGACACAGAGUAAGAAAAUAAAUCUCGUGCGACAACCGAUAGAGUAACAUCCGGUCCUUUCGCGAAGGAUCUGUGGCUUUGGCACGAGCUGUCACCGUCACAGCGCAUAUUCACGCGUCUCCCUAGGCAACAUCAACAACGCUUGUUUAUUCAGACAGCGGAGAGACGCGCCUUGUGGGCACUUCAAAAAAAGUGGGUGCAUUGAGGACAGAAAGACAUGGUGGAUUACUAUGACAUUCUGGGAGUGUCACGCAACGCCUCUCCAGAUGACAUCAAAAAAGCCUACAGAAAGCAGGCCUUGCGAUGGCACCCAGACAAGAAUCCAGACAACAAGGAGGAGGCAGAGAAAAAAUUCAAGGAAAUAGCAGAGGCCUAUGAAGUCCUGUCAGACAGAAGCAAACGAGAAACAUAUGAUACUUAUGGCAAAAGUGGUGCACCAAGCUCAGGCUCUGGUGGCGGCUCUUUUCCGGAUGACUUCCCAGGAUUUACCUUCACAUUCCGCAGCCCAGACGAGGUGUUUCGGGAGUUCUUUGGAGGACAGGAUCCAUUCGCUGACUUCUUUGAUGAUUUCUCAUUUGGAGGAAUGCACAGUGGAAUACACAGCGCGUUUCACCGACAACAUGGCCCUUCCAGAAUUGGGACCAGCCGCUUCUUCUCUUUUCCCUCAGCAAAUGUUGACUUCACCACCUUCUCUUCUUCCUCACUGGGAGGCUUUGGGACUGGAGGGGGUAAUUUUAAGUCUGUGUCCACUUCCACACGACUUGUCAAUGGGAAACGUACCACAACAAAAAAGAUCAAAGAGAAUGGGCAGGAAAGAACAGAGAUUGAGGAAGACGGGGUUCUGAAGACUGUCCUAAUUAAUGGUGUAGAAGAUGAGAUGGCUUUAGCUCUGGAACUCAGCCGCAGAGAGCAGUCCAGCCAGCCUAAGCAGCCAGAACAACAUCAGCUCACUGCCAAUGCUGCCCACUCUAAUCUGGCCAAUCACAAUCCUCGAAACAGCACCCAGCGCUCUUUCAGCUCUACCCCAUUUUUCAAUUAUGCCAGUGACAAUGACGAUGAGGACGAAGAACUCCAGAUGGCACUGGCAUGCAGUUUGUCCGAGAUGGAGGCCCAGCAACGGGCAGCCACCUCCACCCACGACAUGAUCUCAGGUGCCAGGGAAGGGCGGGGCAGGCCACAUAAAGCAAAGGAAGAUAAUCACAAACCCAGAUCAGUGAGGGAUGAGAAGCAUGAAUCAGAACAUGAAUCAGUAGAAAUCACCUGUUCAUCUCCAGGGGAAAGAGGAACAGGGAAGGAAGAAGAAAGACUAGAAAAGAGUGCCAGCCCAGGGGGGGAACUUUUAGAGGAUAGGAACAGAGAAGAACAAGUUGCCAAUGGUACUGCUGUUAUGAAAAGCAAGAGGAAGUGUCAGUGUGUUGUGUGUUAAAUGGACGUUAUAAGUAAUCCUGUUUUCUAGAACAGAGGAAGGACAUAUUCAACAUUGCUGCAUGAUCAUUUAUCAGUAUCCAACCUGUUAUUGCUGCUGUCUUGAUCCUAACCCUAUCUGCAAUUUUUAGUAGUGAGAGAUCAUUUCUUGCUUGCCACAGAGAGUAAGGUACAGAGUUAAGAUGAAUGCUGUUUUCAAUGAAAUAAUCUUAGGGUGAAGAGCAAGACUGGUGACGAUUUACACACAGAAGUAAUAGUUCUGCUAACUCAUGGACUUUAUUUGAAGAUGUGAAUGCUUCACUAAUGCCAAGAUGUACUAAAGCAGUGUAAAAACUAUUUUUUUUACUUCUACCAUCAUAUUUAAAUUAACACAAUGCUGAACAGUGUUAGCUUAAAGUAUUAUUCACUUAUAUUAUUCAUAUAAUGCACUAAAGUGGAGUCUCAUCAGACAUAUUAAUGGCAGUUCUAUUUACAUCUGCUAUAUUAUGUCUAUUAAAACAAGACUUUUCUAUUAUUUUCUUUCUUUUCUUUUCUUUUUUUUUUUUUGCCACACCAUUGUUUUAAGUGAUAGUGUUGAAUGAGAGGACGAUGCAAGUAUGAAUGUUGACUGUGUACUCAACAGAGUGUUAAAACAGAAUUUUGGUUGAUCCCGAAGUGUCUGAAGACGUUUAUGCUGUAAUGGCAUUCUUCAACACUCAGUAUUAUUCAUCAUAAUGAUGCAAUAAAUAACCCCCUCUUGUACUCUAAAUACAAUCAAACUUAUGGAAACUAAAGAGCACUUAAUUCAAGUGCAGUGAAUGUUCAUAAUGAGGAUAGGAAUAAGGAAUUUGAUAAUAAAUAUGUUGUAGAAUGUUGUAGAUAGGUGUAUGUCAGAUUAAAUCAUAUAUUGAUGAUGUCCAGUGCCUUGGGAAUGUUGUAUAUGAUGUGCCAAUUAUCGUCAAUGUUACCAAAGGUGGUUGAUAUACUUAGUUGUAACCUCCUCUUCUAGUUUUCAUUACAUAAAUGGUCAGCAGGUAUAAAGUGUUUGCAGUGCCAGCAUGAUUUUUUUUUUUUUGCACAAUUCAUAUAAUGGGAAAAUCAGGUCUCUUAUACGACAGAGUGAAACAUGCAACAAAUAAAAAUAGAAGCACAAACUGUUUUCAGACAUACAGUAAUAUUGUCAUGUUUAAAGAACCUUUUUCUUAUGAGUGACAAUGUCUGAUUUUUUGAUGAAUAUAAUUUGUAAAUCUUGGAAUGAAAAGAUGUGAAGGUAUUAAUAUUUGCAUUUAAUUUUUAGACUUGUGUUUAAUUCUUCUUGGUUUACUUGGCUCUGUCAGCACUAUGAGAAAGAACAAUAAACCUCAGAGGACAAAAUAAGAA